CGCGCGGAAGGAUGCUUUUCUGGACCAAAAAUCAUCGUCAUUCUCGUCGUCGUCCGCAUUCUGGUUUUCAACUUGCUUCUUACCUUUGUCACUGGCAUAAGCAGCCUGAAUCGCUUGUUCUUUUCCCACCGUGCCUGUGCUAAGAAGCUGAGUUGUCUGUUCGAGUCUGCUUGUAUUAUCCUACAGACAGGAUGGCGAAUACCAAGACAGCAGGUAGUGUCUUGCAAUUUAGACCGGUGGAGGUCUCCCAGCAGUUACAAGAUGGAGAAAAGUUUGUCAAGUGGGACGAGGACUCUGGUAUAGCCACUCCAGUGACACUGAGGGUUGAUAAGUUUGGAUUUUAUUUGCACUGGGUGGAUCAACACAAUGAAAUGGAAAUGUUGGAUAUUGCUAUAAUAAGGGAUACUCGAACUGGAAAAUAUGCCAAAGUACCAAAGGACCCUAAAUUGAAAUCUCUGGUGACAAUGGGCUCCCAAGACUCUUUAGAGGAAAAGACAGUGACAAUUUGCUAUGGAUCUGAUUUUGUCAACAUGAAUUUUAUUAACUUUUGUACGACACGCGCGGAGAUCGCUCAACACUGGACAGAGCAAAUUUUCCAGCUUGCGUAUAAUUUAACUCUGCUCAACACCAGCACAACAAUGUUCUUGCAGAAAGCACACACCAAACUUACACUAACAGCCGAUAAAUUGGGAAAACUCCCUGCAAAGAACAUAAUAAAAAUGUUUGCACAAAAUAAAGAAGAUCGAAAGCGUGUCGAGAAGGCACUCGAUAUUUCCGGUUUUCCAUCCGGAAAAAACGACGUAAUAUCGUUACAAAAGUUUCAAUUCGAAGAUUUCUUCAACUUUUAUAAGUCUCUUACUCAACGAUCAGACGUUGAGAAGGUUUUCGAAAGCAUUGUAGGCAAUAACAAACGUAGAUUAAUGUCCGUGUCGCAGUUUGUGGACUUUUUAAACAAAACGCAACGUGAUCCGCGUCUGAAUGAAAUAUUAUAUCCUUACGCGAACGAGGCGCGGGCAAAAGAUAUUAUAAGUCAAUAUGAACCAAAUAAAUGUAAUGCGAAUCGGGGCCAGCUCAGUUUCGAUGGUUUCCUGAGGUAUUUGAUGAGCGAGGAUAAUCCGAUCGUUGCUGUAUCAAAACUUGAAUUAUCAGAUGAUAUGGAACAUCCCCUUGCGCAUUACUUUAUAAAUUCUAGUCACAAUACAUACUUAACAGGACAUCAACUGACUGGAAAGAGUUCUGUGGAAAUAUAUCGUCAAUGUCUGCUUGCCGGUUGCCGAUGUGUAGAAUUGGAUUUUUGGAACGGAAAAUUUGAUGAGCCUGUCAUUGUUCAUGGAUAUACAUUUGUACCUGAAAUCUAUGCACGAGAUGUAAUUGAAGCGAUUGCUGAGAGUGCUUUCAAGACAUCAGAGUAUCCUGUAAUUCUUAGCUUCGAGAAUCACUGUAAUCCUAGACAGCAAGCUAAAAUAGCUCAGUAUUGCAGAGAUCUGUUCGGUGAAAUGUUGCUUGACGCACCUUUAGAAUCUCAUAAGUUAGAACCUGGUCAAGAGUUACCGCCUCCAAAUUUAUUGAAACGUAAGAUCAUAAUCAAGAACAAGAAGAAGCAUCAUCAUCAUCAUAAAAAACAUAAAAAAAAGCAGGCGACGCAACCGGCGGAGUCUGAGGAGGGUGUUCAAGAGAACGAAGACAACGGAGUGACGAAUCAAACGGUUGAAGGAGAAAAUGGUCCACCUCCAGAUGUUGUCCUUAAUACUGAAAGUGAUAAUAAUGAUCAACAGAUGGGAAAUGGGGAUAUCUCGCAUCCUCCGAUGUUACAACAAAGACAGGGCAGCAAAGAUAGUGCUCAAGACGAGGAUGAUGACGAAGAAGAAUCGAGUACGGAAGAAGAUGAGUCAAACGUAGAGGAUAUAAAAUUAAGGAUGGGUGACAAAGUGCCUGCGCCUGAUAAAGCGACCAGUGCUAAAGAAACAGAAGCUGGGGCGGAGAUUUCGGCCUUAGUUAAUUAUGUGCAACCUGUUCAUUUUAACAGUUUUGAAUCAGCUGAAAAAAAAAAUCGUAUGUACGAAAUGUCAUCGUUCGAUGAAAAGCAAGCUACUACUCUUCUGAAGGAAAGGCCACUCGAGUUUGUGAAUUAUAAUAAGCAUCAACUAUCGAGAGUGUAUCCAACAGGCACGCGGUUUGACUCCAGCAACUUUAUGCCUCAGGUAUUCUGGAACGCAGGAUGCCAACUGGUGGCGUUGAAUUACCAAACACUCGACCUUGCUAUGCAGUUAAACUUGGGUAUCUUCGAAUACAAUCAGCGAUCCGGCUACCUUCUGAAACCGGAGUUUAUGAGGCGAAGGGACCGACGAUUAGAUCCUUUCGCGGAAUCAACUGUAGAUGGCAUUAUAGCCGGAACGGUUCACAUACACGUGAUAUCGGCGCAGUUUUUAACGGAUAAAAGAGUGGGUACUUACGUGGAGGUAGACAUGUACGGUUUACCAGCGGAUACUGUCAGAAAGAAAUUUCGGACGAAGAUCGUUCCGAACAACGGCAUCAAUCCUGUAUACGAUGAAGAACCUUUCGUGUUUAAAAAGGUUGUUCUACCCGAACUUGCUUCCAUUAGAAUUGCUGCAUAUGAGGAAUCGGGCCGUUUGAUAGGUCAUAGAGUAUUACCGGUGGUUGGAUUAUGUCCAGGAUAUCGACAUGUUGCUCUCAGAACAGAGUGUGGCCAACCGUUAGCACUGGCGAGUCUGUUCUUACACGUUAUCGUUAAAGAUUACGUUCCGGACGGUCUGAGCGAGUUAGCCGAAGCCCUGGCGAAUCCGAUUAAAUAUCAGAGCGAAGUGGAGAAAAGGGAGAAGCAGCUGUCCGUUCUCACGGACUACUCGGAGGAUCUGUCGGAAGACGUUGAUGAUAAGCCGAAAGUUAAUGAGACACCAAGUUCCUCUAAACCACCUGAGGAAACAGUCAAAACGAAGAGACUACAAUCCGUGGGCGAGUUGCCCACGCUCGUGCCUGCAUCUACCAAUGUGCAUGGAAGGCCAUCCAUUGCCGGCGUUAACACUUCCGAUACUCAAGAUAACGAAGAUGGAACGCCAGCAACUCCGGCUCCGGUUGUCGAUACUUCGAUGAAUAAGAGUCCGCUUAACGCUAGCAGCUCCACCGAUGAGAUAGUGGCUGAAUCUUUAGAAAAGCUAAUGGAGAACAAGCUUGUCAGGGAGAAAAAGAUGGAGCUUGAGAAGAAGUUGGAAUCGUUACGAAAGAAACACGAGAAAGAAAAGAUUAGGAUGCAGUCACAGAAAAGCUCGAUCGACAGUGAAAAGCAUAAGUCGAGGUUUUGUGUUAGUCACAAGUUGGUGAAGCGGUUGUCGAGUAGAAACAUCUUUUCGAGCGAGGUAGGACUGAGUACGUUAGCCCUAGCGGAGACCUCGGAGUGUACGGAUCUAGAGAAUCGCGAAGGAAAUGGGGGAGCGCCAAGGGGAUUACCGAGAAGUCAGAGCGAGCGUUUAUUGGCUGUGUGCAAGGCCCAGGUUCAGCAGGAGCGUAUAAAGACUCUGAGAGUUCUUUUCGAGCGGGAAACCGCGGAUGUUAUGAGAAAACUUCAGGCUACUCGACACGGAGAGGUAAAACAGUUGGCAAAGGUACACAAAGAUAAAGCCGAGUUGGAUCGUAUGAAACGAGAGGUCGCGAAGUCUACCGUCGAGAAGGGUGUACACGAGUGUACACGGUUGACGAAAAUUUAUGAGAAAAAGAGGACAGAGCUGGAGCGGCAGCACGAAGAAGUUCGGCAGAGGCUCGAGGAGGAAAGAGCCAAGGUAAAGGAAAGCCUAAUGGCCGAGUACAGUAGUCGUUGCAGUAAAUACGAAAGUGGGGAAUUACCUCUAUCUCCCUCUGGGGGAACCAGCAUGCCGGAAUCGCUCAGUGGGAACACGUAUUGAGUUGAACAAGAUCGACGACCUAGUCUCGAAUGUGAAAUUGC